ACACACUUCUUAUUAUAACUUUGUGAUAUAUCAUAUCAUAUAAGAAAAAUGAGCCUCCAAGGGAAGUUGGUUUCUGAGAUAAACAUCAAGUGUGAUGGAGAUGUUUUUUAUGAAGUAUAUAGGCAGAGGCCACACCAUAUCUCCACCAUGUCCCCUAAUAAAGUACAAAAUGUGGAUGUUCAUGAAGAUGGUAAAGAAGUGGUGGGAAAGGAGAGAGUCGAAGAAAUAGAUGAAGAAAAGAAGAUGAUGAAAAAAAGGAUAAUUGAAGGAGAUAUAUUGGAGUAUUACAAAUCAUUUUAUGUCACUAUUCAUGUUGAGACAAAGGGUGAAAACAACUUAGUUACUUGGAUUUUGGAAUAUGAAAAGAAGAAUGUUAAUGUGCCUGAUCCACACACACUCGUGGAAUUACUCCUUAAUGUAACCAAAGAUAUUGAGAAUCACCACAUCAAGUGAUACAUAAAUAUUGUAAAUAAAUUGUUUGGACUCUUUAAAAAUGUCGACGAGUAUAUGUCGAAUUCUUUAAAAUAGUAUAUUUUGAAGAAAUCGAUAUAAAUACGACAACAUUUUUAAAAAGUGGAAGGCAAUGUAUGUAUACCAAAUGAUUGGAUUUAAGGUGUUGUCUCAAAGUCUGUUAUGAGCGGGUGUGCUUUGAAAUGUCUUGUAACAAAAAUAAAACGAGUGGACAUUUAAUUUUUAUAGAUAAAUAAAAAAUAAAAAUUGUUAUUUGAA